AUGAGCGUUGCCAGUGCAAGGGCCACUAAAGCCAACGUUGAAGGAACUGCGAGGCUGAAGAAGUUGAUCGCUCAUCAAAUUCGGCAAAACGCCAAAUAUAGCAUAUUUGGGGCCUUAACUGGCGAUGCCUUCAAAGAUCCCAACCCAAAGGCACCUCCAGCAAAGCCAGAACGCACCGUGGUCGAAAAGGCUCCCGAGAAGGACGCCGAAUCGUCCUCAUUUGUGGGGCGAGUACGCAAAAUAUGCAGGGAGAGCCUGGAGGCGGGACUUCUCCUGGUC